CGUUGUUACUAGCGCAAUGAUUGCAUUUCUUUUUUUAAUAUUCUGUUUUGGGCUGAGUCUCUACUUGUAUCUGACAUGGAAUUUCGAUUAUUGGGAGCGGCGUGGUGUAGUUGGACCACGUCCGCUACCUUAUGUUGGAACAUUUCCUAAAACCGCAUUGCUGGAUAAAAGUUCGAAUUACAUCAAUGAAACAAGUGAAAUAUUUCGUAAAUAUUACCGAAAGCAUCGAUUUAUUGGAGUUUUCGAACAUCGUGAGCCUAAGCUGAUGAUUCUUGAUCCUGCUCUAGUGGUUGAUGUUUAUGUUAAGCAUUUCAAACAUUUUUCCGAUAACUCUAUGAGUGAAACAGUACAUGCUAAGCAGGAUCCAUUGUUCAAAUUAAAUCCAUUCAUUGAAACCGGUUCCGGAUGGAAAGAACGACGAUCUGACAUGGCUCCAGCAUUUACAAUGUUACGGGUAAAGGCCAUGUUCCCGGCCAUGGAAGUAUCGAGUCAUAAAUUAGUGGAUUACGUAAAUAAAUUGCUUGAGUCCGGUCAAGACGUCAUAGCUUCAAAAGACAUAGCGUCUAGGGUAACAGCUGAUAGCUUAUGCACUAAUAUGUACGGUCUCGAUGCCAAAGCAUUUGACAACAAUCCCGACUUUCUUCAUCAAAGCCUUCGAAUGUUUCAUAAUGUUCCAGUACUUCGGUCCAUAAUGUGGAAAAUAUUUCCCAUUUUGGACCGUAUUCUACCGAGUCAGUCGGUCGCUACUGAAUUCAACGACUGGUUUGUGCGACUUUACCAAAUGGCAGUUGAAUUGCGCCAAAAAAAUUGUAUCGAAAGCGACGACUUUCUUAAUUUUUUGAUAGAAUUGGAAAAGAAGAAGAAUCUUCAAACUGUUGAAUCAGCCGCAAAUGCAUUCAUUUUCUUCUUGGAUGGAUUUGAAACCACUUCGUACAUGUUGGGCUGUGCAAUUAACGAACUGGCCAAAAAUAAAGUGUGUCAGCAAAAAUUGCGCUCCGAAGUGAAAUCAUUGAAGGGCAGGGGAUUCGAUGAUUUAAAUCAGAUGCCAUAUUUAGACGCUGUUGUUAAUGAGACAACACGCAUUAGCCCCUUUCCAUUUCCAAUUUGGAAAACUUGCACAGAAAAUAUUGUACUAACUGAUUACGAUGGUCGCACCGUUCAGAUCGAUAAGGGGACCAAAAUAAUAUUGCCAACAACUGCUUUACACCAUCAUCCCGAUUUUUACGUCAAUUCCAAUGAAUUUAAUCCUGAUCGAUUCAUCUCAAGCGCAAGUGAUGCAAAGACUUUGAAAGACGCCGGCGUCUUUGCCCCAUUUGGUAAUGGACCUCGUAUAUGCAUGGGAAUGCGUUGGGCCGUUCUUCUUCUAAAAUCAGUGUUAAGCGUGCUGGUCGAGAAGUUCGAGAUGUCAGUGCACUUAAACGCAAGUGAUAAGCCAAGCUCUCAGACCGGAAUGCUGUUUUUCUCUGCUAAUGAUGUGGUGCUAGAGUUGAAGCGUUUAGAAUAAUAAAAACUAUAAUUUGU